GAAUCUUGAACCCCGCCAUUUUGAUCUACACUUUUCACUAAAGUCGCCUUUUCUAUUUUCGCAUCUUUAAUUCUUCAUCAAAACUCUUCGCCCGUAUAUUCAAGGUUACUCACAUAUUUGUUACGCAAUCACCAACAGACUGAUUCUACAUCUCACCCUAAACACCAGGCAAUCAUCGGGAACUUAUCUACCUCUUAUAUAUCAGUAAACGCUACAUGCGAACGCCAACAUGGCGACGACAACGAUAACAACAACAAUUCGGAAGAAGGAUGCGAACCUGCCGCCCGAAAACGAGCGAUUCUUGCGCUGUUGCGCCGAUAUUGCAAACGCUCUUAUCGAGGACCACGAGGCUUCCAAGAAUCCCAAGAAUCCUAAACGUGAUAUUAACCUCAACAGCUUGCGCUCCAAAUUCUCGAGAAAACACAAAAUCGCCAGCAUGCCUCCCCUUACUGCCAUCAUCGCCGCUGUCCCGGAACACUAUAAAAAAUAUAUCCUACCGAAGCUAAUCGCAAAACCCAUUCGCACUUCUUCCGGAAUCGCUGUGGUAGCUGUCAUGUGUAAACCGCACAGAUGUCCUCACAUCGCCUACACCGGAAAUAUCUGUGUUUACUGCCCAGGCGGACCCGACUCGGACUUCGAAUAUAGUACACAAUCCUAUACGGGCUACGAACCCACGUCCAUGCGAGCUAUUCGCGCUCGAUACGACCCUUUCGAACAAGCCCGAGGCCGUGUUGACCAGCUCAAAUCUCUUGGCCAUUCAGUCGAUAAAGUCGAGUAUAUUAUAAUGGGUGGCACGUUUAUGUCACUACCGGUGUCGUACAGAGAAGAGUUUAUUUCACAGCUACACAACGCUCUCAGUGGUUAUCAAACAACCAACGUCGACGAGGCAGUUGAGGCUGGCGAGAUGAGCAACAUCAAAUGUGUCGGCAUUACCAUUGAAACGCGACCGGAUUAUUGCUUGCAGCCACAUCUAACCGAUAUGCUUCGCUACGGAUGUACGCGCCUGGAAAUUGGAGUUCAAUCAUUGUAUGAAGACGUCGCGCGAGAUACCAACAGAGGGCACACUGUUGCUGCAGUCGCAGAAACGUUCUGCCUCGCUAAGGAUGCCGGAUUUAAAGUCGUCUCCCACAUGAUGCCCGACUUACCGAACGUCGGCAUGGAGCGCGAUCUAGAUCAGUUUAGGGAAUAUUUUGAAAAUCCAGCAUUCCGAACCGACGGUUUGAAGAUCUAUCCAACUUUAGUUAUUCGCGGCACGGGGCUUUACGAGCUGUGGCGCACAGGCCGUUACCAGAAUUAUACCCCUAACGACUUGAUCGACAUUGUCGCUAGAAUCCUGGCACUAGUGCCACCGUGGACUAGAAUUUAUCGAGUCCAAAGGGACAUCCCGAUGCCGCUGGUCACCUCGGGUGUCGAAAACGGAAAUCUGCGGGAGUUAGCGCUUGCUAGGAUGAAAGACUUUGGUACAACAUGCCGCGAUGUGAGAACGCGCGAGGUCGGCAUUAACGAGGUUAAACAUAAGAUUCGACCCAACCAGAUUGAACUCAUUCGUCGGGAUUACACGGCUAAUGGCGGAUGGGAGACUUUCCUAGCCUACGAAGAUCCCAAGCAAGAUAUCUUGGUCGCACUACUCCGUUUGCGCAAAUGCACUGAGAAGUAUACCUACCGUGAAGAGUUAGUUGGCCAACCAACCAGUUUGGUUAGGGAACUACACGUUUAUGGAACUGCUGUUCCAGUACACGCAAGAGACCCCAAGAAAUUUCAACAUCAAGGUUUUGGUACCCUCCUGAUGGAAGAGGCGGAGCGUAUUGCCCGUAACGAGCACGGAAGUGACAAAAUCAGCGUGAUUAGCGGCGUCGGCGUGAGGAGCUAUUAUAGAAAGCUUGGUUACUGGUUGGAUGGACCCUAUAUGAGUAAAUGGCUUGAUGGUCGCCCGCAAAAGCAGUCCUGAACGUAAGCUCAUAACGAAUAUACUAGCACUCUUUCCACAGGGCCUUCAAAGCAGGAGUGCGAGUCAGGCUCCGGGACGUCCAUGAAUUACUCACCGUCACUCGAUUAACUUCCACCCGACAGUAUGGGACAGAGAUUGCCGGAAAUGGGAGAAUUUAAUGUAGUCGAAGGGGCAACGCAUGCAACAGCUCAAGAAUGAAUGAUAUGGCGUCCAUAUCUCCAUACUCUUGGAACCUACUAAUCAGGUAUCCAAGGUGUCUGGUGCGUUAGUAGGUGCCAGACACAGCCAUUGCAGCGGAUGAUAAGCGUAUUGGCUGUUGGUCAAAACGAUCAUACAAGACGUUAUUAGCAACAACGGUUCAACGCGUAGGAGCGAAAUCGAAAAAAAAAAAAAAAAAAAAAA